AUGGAUGAUCAUGAAGUCAGAGGGCGAUGGAAGAGCUUCAUCGGCAAGUGGAACCGAGAGGAGUUGGCAGAAGGAUGGUACGACCCUGAGACAUUUGCACGGAUUACGUCUAAUAACCCAGUUGCGCCUCAUGCAAGGCGUGCUUCUCUGCAACGGGAUCAAGUACGAGAGCCUAUGAACUAUAGAGAGGAUCGUGAGAGCGAGGACGAUGAAGAUGAUUAUGGUCCUCCACUUCCUGGAUCGGACCAUACACGGCGGUCUGGACCAGGCAUUCCCACACUUCAGGAUCUAUCUUUACGAGCUGAGCUUGCCGAGGAAGACAAGCAAGCGUCUAUCGCGGACCUACGUGAAGCGCGCAAAGCUGAUCGGGCUCUGCAGAAGGAGCGCCUUGAAGAUCUGGUCCCUCGCGCUGAGGCCGGGACUCGUGAGCGCAUGUUGGAGAAGAAAGCGGCAGUGGCAGACAAGAUGCGCUCGUUCCGCGACAAGAGCCCUGAUGCUAUGGAAGCCAAAGACGAGAGAGAACUCAUGGGUGGUGGAGACUCAUUGGAUGAGUACAAGAAAGCCAAGGAAAGGGAGCAACGUCGCAAGACAGAGAGGGAAAUCCGCAGAGAGGAGAUCGAAAGGGCCAAAAGGGAAGAGGUGGAAGAGAAGAAGAGAGCAUGGAGGGAAAGGGAAGAAGGGACUGUGAGCAUGUUGAGGGAGUUGGCACGGCAACGAUUCGGAUAG